CUGAUAGCUGUCAGUGCACACUGAAUCUUCCAAGUGAUCCCACGUUAAUAGUUGGUUGACGUCCACAGUGAACAGACGACUUUUGGCAAUAAUUUGUUUGUGGUUACCGGUUGCUAUUUAUGAUACUGAUUACUAGCAGGUAAAAAGAAAAAGUGAUACCUCCCUGUUGGCAGAUAUAAACCGAUAACAGUGACAUUUGAGUGUGAAGUUUCAUUUUGGGAUUCAUUGUGCCCCUGUGCAGUAGUUAACGUUCAUAACGAUUUUUGUGAUUCAAAGUGCUACUUCCGUUGUCUGCACACAGCAGAAUGAUUGACGAAAUUAUGGAUUUUGACGGAAUGGCUAAUCUGUCUUUGACUUCUACAAACGAUGUGGAUUCAUGGAUCGCCCAGUUAAAGAAGAAGGAACCUUUGUCAUUGAAGGACGUUGAUAACUUGUGCAAGAAGGUGCAAGAGGUUUUAGUGGAGGAGAGCAAUCUGGUUGAGGUCUCAUCGCCCGUCACGAUCUGCGGAGACAUCCACGGCCAGUUCUAUGAUCUGUUGGAGCUCUUCAAAGUGGCCGGAGAACCACCUGAGGUCAAUUAUCUCUUCAUGGGAGACUACGUGGAUCGGGGAUAUUACUCUGUGGUCGUGGUUUCCCUCCUGCUGGCGCUCAAGCUCCGUUACCCCCAACGCGUCACCCUACUACGAGGCAACCAUGAAUCCCGCCAAACUACACAAGUUUACGGGUUUUACGACGAAUGUUUCAGCAUUUACAACACGUCGGCUGCGUGGUCGCACUUCAUGGCAGUCUUCGACACCCUCCCUCUCUCCGCCGUCGUCGACGACAGCAUUAUGUGCAUGCACGGUGGUUUGUCUCCUUCCUUGGACACCUUAGACCAGAUUAGGAUCCUGGACAGAUUUCAGGAACUGCCACAUGAAGGCGCCAUGUGUGAUCUGUUGUGGUCUGAUCCUGACGAUUCCGGGUGGAGGGCUGGCUGGAGCAUGAACGCUCGCGGAGCUGGGUACAUGUGGGGAACGGAUAUUUCGCACGACUUUACACACAAUAAUGGACUCGAAUGUGUUACACGAGCACAUCAAGUGAUGGACGGCGGUUUCCAGUGGUGUCACGACGAGAAGGUUGUCACUGUCUUCUCUGCCCCAAAUUAUUGCUACAGAUGUGGAAAUCUGGCUGGCUACAUGGUCGUCGAGGAUGGAAUGCAUUCUUGUCACACCUUCGAAGCUGCGCCACGAGAGAAAACGACACCCAUAAUGAGGAAAAGCUUAGGUGGAUAUUUCUUUUAGGAUAUAAACCUACAUAUUUGCCUUAAAAAGAGGAUCGCUGGUUCGAUUCUCUGAAACAGUAUUCGACGCCAUGAAACAAUCAUGCGUACCUGAUGUGGUGCUACGGCUGCAUAUACCGCGGCUGUAUUAACCGACUGUGAUAGAGUUACACUUUUAUGAUUUCGUAAUAAGAUAUUUUUCGUUGUGCCGGUUGUUGAUGUCCACUAUAUGUGUUUGGAUCGUAGGAGAAUAAACGUUACCUUUUCUUUGAA